AAAAGAGUUGUAUGAAUUACAGCAAUACUAAAUAUAUUAACAUUACAUAACAAAUUUAUGUAUUUAAUAUAUACAUAUGAGUAUAUGAUAUACUUAAUGAAUAAUGUCACCAAAAAAAUGUACAUUUUAUGUCAGAUAUCUGCUACCCACCAUGUACUGUAUGUUUUGCUACAUCCGAUAUACAUAAAAUUAACUGAAGAGGCGACAGCCAGCUCAGCACUAGCGCAAGCGCACGCUGCUUGAUUACCGUUAUACAGUGAUUAGUGAUAAUUUACGUCUUUUUUUUAUUAUUAAAUACAAUAUUCAUUAUUGAAUCUGAUUAGGUACUAUUGUAUUUAUAAAUUUUGUGCUGUGUUAGUCUACCGACGUGAAGAACUGAAGAUAUAGUAUUAGAGAUGCAGGACAAGUCGUAUGCGGUGGUUGCCUUUCUGGAUGAAGAGGACAGCUACUCGGAAAUCCCGUCAUUUUGGCUGUCCCACAAUAACACUAAGUGUUGGUGGCCAAAGAGUAAAACACCUUCAAAUUUUAUAAAACGUGGAGCAAAACCCGACCCCGCAAAAUGGAGUUUAUGCAGUGUAAGAGUUGAAGGAACUUUUUCGACUUUAGAAGAAGCCAGAAAAAGGGCUGAAAAUGAAGAUUAUACCUCUUCGGAGGAAGUCCAACGCAACAGGAAGAAAAAUCCAAAAUAUGUGGAUUCCCAACUAGCUAUUACAAGUGAUGAAGAAUAUUCAACAAGUCGAAGUGGAACACCGCCACCACAAAUGUGUGAAGAAGUUUUAGUCUAUGCUUCACCUUCAACAUCACCCAUUAAUCUAGAACAAAUGCCAGUUAUAAUUGCAGAUAACAUCGUCGAGUCUGGUACCGUACAAGCUGCCACUAAUUCGUACGGUUAUACGUUAGAUAAAAUAUAUGAACUACUUGUAAGUACGAACUUAUAUGUAAAAGGUAUAUCAGCACGACUAGAGAAAAUGGAAAAUUCAAGAAAAAUUGAGAGUGUCAAUAAUCAUGAUGCACUGAAAGAUUUAAGAAAAAUGUUGCCCUUAAGCAGCACAGAUGAUAUAAAUCAAUUUGAAAUAUUUCUUGGGGAUGAUGAACAAAAGAAAAUUUUUACAAAUUUUAUAUCCUCUAUAGGAGGUAGGAAUGUGAAAGAUAAUAUUCACAGAUGUUUGAAAUCAAUAUUCUCUAAUGAAGCUGCUACCAAAUGUUCGUGGCUAGGCCAACGAGGCAAUUUUCGCGUUUGUGAUCUAUCUUCAAUAACUGUCCUAAAAGAUCAGAUCCAAGUCAACUAUAAUAUAACAUUAAAAGAGUUUGAAGUCAUUGGUAGCGAAUGGUUCCGUUUGUCAAAAUUAAGGUUAAAACCAGAUAAACGCAACCCUGAUUCUUCUAAUGUCGUCAACUAGUAUUGUAAUCUAUUAUAUAAUAUAAAAUAUACAUUUUGUUCAAUAUAUUGUAUUUAAGUAAAAAUGAAUAUAUCGUAUUUACAUAAA